AUGGUGGGCUUGAGGAUGGACAUCAGCAUGCUCCUGGAGCCUCUGGGCUUUGUUAAGGUCCUUGAAUGGGUUUUUGCCAUCUUUGUUUUUGCCACAUGUGGAGGCUUUCGAGGUGAAACUGCUCUUCUAGUUUCCUGUGAAGGUGUGGUAAACAAAACAGUUACAGCUGCUUUUACUUAUCCAUUCAGGUUGAAUACUGUUGUAUUUAGUGCACCAGACCCAAAAGGCUGUGGUGGUACUUGGGCUGAUGUCUACCUCGUGGGUGACUUCUCCUCCUCUGCACACUUCUUUGUUACCCUGGCAGCAUUGGUGUUCCUCUACUGUGUUACUGCCCUUGUGGUGUAUAUUGGAUAUAACCAUGUGUAUCAGCAAAAUAACAAGUUUCCACUAACUGACUUGUCAAUCAGUGUCUUGAUAGCCUUCCUGUGGCUGGUCAGUACUUUUGUUUGGGCAAAGGCACUUGCUGACAUCAAGGUGGCCACAGGAGCCAGCAUUGUUCCAGGAAUUGAAUCUUGCAAAGCACCAGGGACAACUUGCCACUUUCUUUCUGUGACCAGCAUGGGAAUUCUGAAUGUGUCUGUGGUGUUUGGCUUGCUUAAUAUGAUUUUAUGGGCAGGAAAUAUUUGGCUUGUAUACAAGGACACCAACUUGCACAGCCAAUGGAAUAGAAUUUCUGAAAGUCCAGCUGAAAGGGUAUAA